AUGCCACCAAAAAGAAAAGCUGGCCAUGGCUCACCUGGUCAAUCAAAAAAGCAAAAAUUACCAACUCAUACACCAGAAGAAGUUAAAAACUUUUAUAAGUCAACUAUUAAUCUUGUAUUAGAUUUAAGAGAGGAUGAUCAUAAGUUAUCAACGGAAUUUAUUAAAGUACCACCAAAAAAAAUAUAUCCUGAUUAUUACGAAAUUAUACAAAAUCCAAUUGCGAUAAGUGAUAUACAGAAAAAAAUUAAUAAUAUAUAUACUGGAGAAUCAACGCAAGAAUUUUUAAAUGACUUUCAUUUACUAUUGAAAAAUGCUUCAACAUAUAAUGACGUUGACUCGUGGAUUGUUCAAACUGCAUCAAAAAUAGUGGAAUUUGUUGAAGAUCAGGUCACGGAAUUUGAAAAAUCUGCACAAGCUGCACCAGCACCAAGUACAAAUGAACCAAAACCUCCAAAAAUUAAACUAAAAUUGAAACAACCAUCAGCACCUAGUACUUCUUCAUCAUCAUCUAAUACACAGUCAAAUGCCGUUACAACGACUACUCCUAAAAUUGAAACAAAUCAACAUAAAAUUAUAGCUUAUGGAAAAUUACCCGAAUUGAGUAUACAGCUAUUAAAUGAUGUUAUCAAUCAUGAUUUCGAAGAUAUUGGAGUCAUAAGUGGACCUUUUUUAGAUGAAGUUGAUCAGAAUUUAUAUACAGAUUAUGGGAAGUUUGUGACUAAACCAAUGGCUUUCAAUACUAUAAUAUCAUUGUUACAACAUAAAAAGCUAUUCACUCCAAAGAUAUCAUUACUUGAUAAUUUGAAAAAGGUUUAUGAUACCACUGGUUUAAUCUUUGCAAACGCAAGAGCAUAUAACAACGGAGAUUCUCAAAUUUAUCAAGAUGCAAAUGUACUUGAGCUGUACUUCGUAGAACAGUACAACAAAUUAAAAUCUGAAGUGGAAGCAGCUGAAGCAUCAAAAGUGAAACCUCCAAAGUUAAAAAUUAGUCUAAAUAGAGGUCAAGUUGCACCAACUGAAAAGAAGAAAAGAAAAACCGUGAAAGAGGAACCUCAGGAAGAACAAGAAAUCACAAUCACCAAAACCGCUAUAGAACCAAUUGAAGAUGAAAAAACGAAAGAAGAAAGCGUGGCGAAGACUGAGCAAGGAGAACAAUCACCUCAAACCAAGAAUGCAGCUCCAGAGAUUCAUUUGGAAAAAAAUAUCGAGAAUACUAUGGGUAGAUCACUACCAACUUUACUAACUAGCAACUCAAUAAUUCAAGAAUCAUCUAUUUUCUCAUCACCUGCUAUAAUACCACAUGUCACAAAAUAUUUGGAAGAUAAAGCAUCAAACUAUUUAUUGUCUCGAGAAUCUCAAAUAAUUCAAUCUAUGUUCCCAACUCAUUUUCCACAAUCGACCGCUACAUUAGUUUCAUAUAAAAUACCAGCAAAUGGAUACGUUGAUCAAUCAUACACAAUAUCUUUUCUUAGUGAAGUUUCACCAUUUGUAUCUUUUAAAGCUUCUUUGCACCAUUUGUUAUAUCAAGCCAAAAAAGCAGAUUUAGUAGAUGGUCAUGGUUAUCUUAAUCUGACAUCAGAUGAUGAAUUCCAAUGCAAGUUGACAAUCAACAACGAUGAACUAGCUCAACCAAACGAUUGUUUUGAGGAGAAAAUGGGUAAAGAAAGUAUACUUGCAGUUCAAUACGAUGUGAAAUUAGCUUACGGUUUAAAUGCAUUGACUUUUGAGUGUAAAGUUGCACCGUCAUUAAGUAAAAAGAUUAAAAAUACUGUUAUUCAAUAUGAUCAACAUGAAGAAUUAAGUGGGUCAAGACAUACAAGACAUCAAUUACAACAAAUUAAAAUGACUUGGGAUGUUGAAACUAUUACUUUAUAUAUUGUAUGUACCAACCCAAAUCAGUAG